AUGAAGUUGCUCGGUGGACCCCGCAGGGGCAACGGGAAAGCACUUCACUCCCUCCACACGGGGCUCAUCCGACAAACCAUAGCUCACAGCAUCCCUCAUCUUCAUCGUCUCUCCCCAACCCAAGAAGGACACCUGCAGCGCAUACUUAGUCGAAGCCUCCGAAUAUGCCUAGGAGUCCCCAGGACCGUAAGGACAGCACUUGUGCUGGCAGAAGCAAGAGAGCCUCCCAUCCAAGUGCUAAGGAAACAAGAGACGGAGCGGCACCUGAUACGUCUCCUCACCAGGCACACGGCUCACCCGCUGAUCCAGAAGAUCCAUAGAAGACAUAAAUCUCCAAUAUAUGGAGCACUUGCGUACAUCGAAAGAUGCUUGCCGAAGCGCAUGGUUCACAGUCAUCACCAGGUUAUUGCCCCUUGGCUGUUGUCACCCCCACCAACCCACACAGAAAUCCCUCGUAUAUGGAAAAAAGGACAAACGCCAUGUCUGGCUCUCAAGACACUUUCUAUGGCCCACCUUGAACAACAGUUUCCAGACUCAACACACAUCUACACGGACGGCUCCUCCGCUAACGGAAGAUCAUCAAGUGCUUUCACUGUAAAAAACUUCACCAAGGGAUACCGCCUGUCGCACGCAACAACUUCUACUGCUGCAGAACUACACGCCAUACUAAAAGCCCUCCGCCACAUCGACGGCUCCCCAGCACAAAAGUGGGUACUCUGCACAGACUCGAAAGCCGCCCUGGCCACUAUCAUCAAGCAGGAUACGGACGAUCAAAUGGUGUACCACAUCUACAAAGCAUACACAUCUGCAGUGGGUAGAGGGCACACCAUCUCCCUCCAGUGGAUACCUUCCCACUGCGGAAUACCAGGAAAUGAAGUAGCUGACCAGACAGCAAAGGAUGCACUGGGUAAGACCAAGUUAUCGGCAAUACAUUUCACAAAAUCGGACGCCAAGACAUUCCUCCACAAAUCGACAAUCAGACGGUCCAAGGAAAGCUGGAAGCAAGCGCUCCGGCACACAGAUUUCCUGUCUCACAUAGACCCCGAUCUCACGGCAAUCAUUCCUCAUGACAUCGGCCGAAGCCUCCACAUGGCUAUUCACCGGAUUCGACUCGGCGCGCUAUACACUGCCACCACCCAAUUCCAACUCGGUAUUGUGGCCCCAAGACUGUGCGACAUCUGCAAAGUGCCCCAGGACACGUUACACGUACUUAUACAGUGCCCAGAACCAGCAGACGCAAGGGAAAGACUGUCCCAUGCACUUCAAACACUGGACAAAAGACCAUUCUCUUACUGCAAAGUAAUGGGAAGAUGGCCUACAAGGGAACAAGACAUGAAGGCACUCAAAGCAUUGUGUGUCUACCUAAAAGAAAGCGGUAUACACUGCCGCUACUAA